AUGGCCUCCGAGCAGAACCACCAAUUCCCUGGUGGCCAUUAUUCCGGCCUCAAUCGAGUCCCUAAUAUAAAAGAAUUUGUCGCCGCUCUCGACAAGGAUAAGAAAGAACGAGAUGCUAAGAUCGACUCCGAGCUAAAAGCGAACAGGAGAAAUGGGGGUGAUAUUAAGGAACACAAGAACGAUGUUGAGCAGUAUAAGGGUCGUGGCAGAGUUGUCACGGAUCCUGUUACGGGGAACGAGAUCACCAUCGACGACGUAAAUACCGAUUUCAUGAAAGCCGCGAAGGAUCCUAUUCUCUCUGUACCGAAUGCGAAUCUGGGUAAAGACACGACAGUAAAAACGGAACCGACACAAUCUGGAGAAGAGUAUAGAGAAGCUCAAGACAUAACGGCACCGCCAGAUCCAAUAGCCACAGGAGCUACCUCUGAUGUGCCAAUUCAUGGCGAGAAGACAAAUAUUCUCUUCCACCCGACCCCAUCCGUCAGCUAUGAGCCUAUGUACGCUGCAAUCGAGCAACGUGCUACCGUAUUAUGUGCUGGGGUCUUCUUUGCGAUUAUUUUCAUGGGGAAAUUCUUCGGGGGCAGGUUGCUAGGCUUAAUUCCCCUGGCCAUAUGUGUCUGUUCCGGAGUUUUCUUAUGGAUGAAGGACUUGGUUCGACGAGGCCGAGAUAUCGAAUGGUCCAGCGAACAGAAGCGUGGUGAGACGGCUGUCGCUAAUCUGAUCCCCGAGUCUGUCGAAUGGAUGAACACUCUUCUUGGAAUCGUCUGGGGUCUUCUAAACCCGGAUAUGUUCGCUUCUGUAGCUGAUACCCUUGAAGAUGUCAUGCAAGCCUCGGUCCCAGGAAUCAUCGAAAAUGUCAAAGUGGCCGAUAUCAAUCAGGGAAACAAUCCCAUUCGAAUUCUCAGUCUCCGAGCUCUUCCGGAUAACCAUAUGAAAGACUUAAAAGAUGAGAUGCAUAAGGAGAACCAAAAAACCAAGGAUCCGCAAGAGCUUGCUGCCGAUGAGGAGGGCGGUGAUUACUACAACCUAGAAGCAUCAUUUGCCUAUCAUGCGAGGCCCGCAUCCGAGACUGCGUUAGGGAAAGCCCAAAAUAUGGGAAUGCAGUUGGUGUUCUACCUUGGUGUUAGAGGGCUGUUUGGAAUUCCUCUACCUAUCUGGGUCGAACUAGUUGGCUUGGUAGGAACUGUGCGACUUAGACUUCAAAUGACCCCUGAACCACCAUUCUUGAAAGCGGUUACCGUCACGCUUAUGGGAAUCCCAAAGGUUGACGCUGGAUGUACACCAAUGAUCGAGCGUGGAGUCAAUAUCCUCAACUUACCGGUGAUUUCCAACUUCGUCAACUGGGCUAUUAAGGCAGCCGCUGGCAUGUAUGUCGCGCCGAAAUCAUUAACGCUCGACCUCGGCAAGAUGUUGACAGGAGACGAUAUCCAAAAAGAAACGAGUGCUCUUGGUAUACUCUUCAUCCGCAUCCAUAAGGCUACAGGGCUAUCGAAGCAAGACCGGAGAGGAUCAGAAGGCGGCGGCUCCGACCCUUACAUUACCGUUAGUUUCUCUAAGUUUGGCAAGCCGAUGUACUGUACUCGUGUUAUCCAGGAUGAUCUGAAUCCUGUGUUCGAAGAAACUUGCGCUCUUUCCGUUACCGCAGACCUCAUCAAGGCAGACGAGCAACUAUCGAUGGAAUCAUGGGAUAGCGACCGUUCUAGCGCCGACGAUGUAGUCGGAAAAGUGGAACUUUCCUUGCGAAAGCUCAUCCAACACCCUGGGAAAAUGUAUCAACAAGUCUCAAAGCUUCGCGGCGUCAAGGCUGAGAGUACCAUGCCGGGCGAGCUUCACUGGGAAGUUGGCUACUUUGGAAAGACUCAGUUCCGAGCUGCUUUGAGGACAGAUGGCAAGGACCUCAGCUUACCGAAGGAGAUUCGAGACCAUGAAAAGUUGCAAGAUGACAAGGGAGCUAUUCAAAACGAUGAAGAGGAUGCUGUUGUACACACGCCGCCAGAUCCGCUAUGGCCUUCUGGAAUUCUUGGUAUCGUCGUUCAUCAAAUCGUCAACCUUGAGCUGGCGAAUGUCAAGGGUUCGGAAGGCGGCAAACGCACCGGAGGUAGAGAGUAUGAACCUGCCCGUGACGCCGGUGAGAUUAAGGAGGAGUCGAGCAAGAGGUUGCCGAGUGCGUAUUGUACUAUGCUACUCAAUGACGAAUUGGUAUACAAGACUCGAACGAAAGUCGUUUCCUCAAAACCAAUCUUCAAUGCUGGUACUGAGCGCUUCGUUCGGGAUUGGAGAUCCGCUAUCGUCACUAUCACGGUUCGUGACUCGCGUAACAGGCAGCACGACCCUAUUAUUGGUGUUGUUCCUUUGAAACUUUCCGAUCUUAUGCAAACUAGUAGCCAGGUCACACGAUGGUAUCCCCUAGACGGUGGAAUUGGCUUCGGCCGUGUCCGUAUCUCCUUACUGUUCCGAUCAGUCGAACUGAAGCUCCCACCACCGCAACUUGGCUGGGACGUCGGGACGUUCGAGUUCACUUCCGAUAAAAUAACCUCAACUUUUGCUGGCUCGGGUAAGGGCCACGUGAAGCUACGGCUGAGGACAGGAGGCAGCUCCGCAACAAUCAAACGCGAAUACUGCAAGACGAAGGGUGAUGGUUUAGAAUGGACUAUUAGUGGUGUGACUGACAGUCAAACUCCACGUCUCCCCGUCAGAUACCGCUACCGCUCUCCCGUGUUCUUCGAGUUUCAUUUGCCUGGCAGGCGCCACGUCGAACACUUUGCGGCGAUAUGGUUGCAAGAGCUGAUUGACGGGGAGGAUAAGACGUUCGAUAUUCCCGUGUGGAAAUGCGAUAACUCUAUGCGACUAUCCCAAAAUUUCAUCACCCAGGACAACUUCGACACAAUCCCAGAUAUCAAGAUUGAAGAGGUGGGGCGUCUAAUCUUCAAAGGUAGGUUCAAGGCCGGCACCGAUCGAGACCACCUCCGCUUCGUGAGCGACAACGAUUCGCGCGAGACCAUUGAGACGUGGGAAGCGUGCUUUGCAGAGGGCGUCCGACAGGAAGAAGUCUUGAAAUCGAUACCAGCCACCAUUCAAAAGCUACAUGAUGAUUCGCUGACCAACGGACGGGAUGUCCUUGCCACGGCUCCCGAGGAAGAGCGUAGAAAAUGGUUAUCUAAGGACGGAACAGACUGGACGGGUGCCUUCGGCCAGGAUCCAGCAGAUCUAAUGACCGGCCACGAAGGCCGCGCAGAACCCGAAUAUGAACCUGAAUCGGACUCCGAGCCCACCGACGGUGUCCCCAACGAACUCGGAUCCACAUCCUCCAACUACUCAGACGACCUAGGCAUCAACGACGCUACAUCCGAAGACGCCACCGGGUCCUCGGACUUCGCACAUCCCAGCACAAACGCCAGUGGCGCCGCGCUAACGCAAACCACCACGAACUCCGGCUCGAGUAGGAAAAGCAAAGGGAGUAGCAGCAAGAACCCGAUUAAACAAUUCAAGGAUUACAAGGAACGGAGCAGGGACCUGCAUCGCCAGCACCGCGGACUUAUGCAGUGGCGUCCGCUACGGAACGCCCAGUUCGCUAAGGACGAGGCGAAGUAUGCGAUUCGCAGGGUCACGCAUAUGGGUGCGCUGAGUGGACGGCAGCCGGAUGUAGAGACGGAGGUGUAGAGAGUGGUUUACCUACCUAAUGGUAAGGGGGUAGGAUGAAUGAGGUUUCUUUUGUUAUGUUAUGCUGUAUGACGGCCUGAAGGCUUAUGAGAAAAUGGGAUUGGGUCCCGUGAAGGCUGCUAGGCUUGUGCUAGUAUUGUAUUGUAUAGGCAC